AAAAAUGAUAAAACAUUGUGAUUUAUUCAAAAAAGAAAAGGAAGCCUAUUUAGAAAAACAGAAACAAUUGGAAGAUGAACAAAAACUUGCCAUGACUAGCAAAAGCAUUGAACUAUCAAUCGAUGAAAAAAUGUCUUCAAAUACUUCGGAUUUUAUGCCUCGAAGUGAAGUAAUAAAAAAAUUGAGGAUUAGAGGUUUGCCAAUUCGUUUGUUUGCUGAAUCGGAUGAGGAGGCUUUGAAGAGGUUGAGGAUAGAAUUGGAAAAGCCUGACUUUAAUGUUGGAUUGAAAAAUGAUUUUCAAGCGGCUUUGCUACAAGUUGAAAAUGAGGAGGUUAUGGAAAAGAUUGCUAAAGGAACGAACAAUACAAAUGAAGCGGAGAAGUUAAAUAUUGUAAUUGAGGAAACGGAAGAGGAUGCUACUUGGGAACAAAUUCAGAAAGGAGCAUCCUCACUUGGCGAAGGUGAUGACAACAAAGAUUGUGAUUUAAUUUUUGCAUUUAUUAAUUAUAUUAUGAAGCGUUGGGCAAAGGAAUUGAAUGCUAGGCCAGAACAAAUAAAAAGAAGUCCGGCUGGGAAAGUACAAGCUGGAAUGCAGAAACAGACUGUUGAACAUAUGAAUCCUCUUGUUAAAUCGUUAGAGAAGCAUUCUGUGAAUUCUGAUAUUCGAGCACAUUUAACUACUAUAACUAGGGUCGUGGUUAAAUCAGUGCCUACCCAAGGGCAGAAUUUGGAAGAACUCCUAGAUAUUUUAAUUGUUAUUCAUCUUGUCCUCUAUCAUUUAACCUUGAAAUUUUUUUUCAGAUUUUGUGUUCUAGACAAAGACUAUAUUCAAGCCAACAAUGCAUAUAUGGAAAUGGCUAUUGGAAAUGCUCCAUGGCCUGUAGGUGUUACUCGUUCAGGUAUUCACCAACGUCCAGGAUCUUCAAAAGCUUAUGCUUCUAAUGUUGCACAUGUAAUGAAUGAUGAAACACAACGAAAAUAUAUUCAUGGACUUAAACGUGUAUUAUCUAAAUGUCAAGACUUCUUCCCCACGGAUCCGAGUAAAUGUGUUGGAUAUGUAAAGAAGCAUGGAUAA